GGCGAACCGGCAGUCCCGUUCCCGGAUCUGCCGCGCCCGGGGGGAAUUUGAUCGACUAUGGCUGGGGGAUGUGCCCAUCAGACAAGGCCUUCGUCUUCGUCGACAACCACGACAACCAGAGGGGACACGGAAUUUCCAAUGACGUGAUCACCCAUAAGGAGCCGUUCCUUUACAAGCUGGCCGUGUCUUACAUGCUGGCUCAUCCGUACGGCUUCACUCAGAUCAUGAGCAGCUACUGCUUUGAAAGCUCUGAGGAAGGCCCCCCACACGACGAAAAGUACAACACCCUGGAUGUCACGAUCAACUCGGAUGGGAGCUGUGCGAACGGGUGGGUUUGCGAGCACAGA